AUGUUUAAAUCGUUAACAAUAAAAUCCAACAAGGUGAAGCCUAGAGAAGGGAACGAUGAGAAUAAACAAGGUCCUGAUCCAAGCAAUCAGCUUCAGCAAUCCACAAGACAGGGAGAAAACAAAAGUGAAAACAAACCUCUCCAAACUAAGAUGAUUCCUGUCACAUCUGAAGAGUCACACACCAAAAUACAAGAUAAAAUCUCCGAGAAAAAUUUACUCAAAGAUUUGACCCCAAGCUCUGACCAUCAAAAUGCAACAGAAUCAAAGGGAGCAACGCCAGAGCAGAAAGAAAUGGAGACUGGGAAAGAAGUCUUAGUCAGUCCAAAAAGCAAACCGCUUGGAGCCCCUGUUAUAAAUGAGUAUGCUGAUGCCCAGCUACACAACUUGGUGAAAAGGAUGCGUCAAAGAACAAUGCUCUACAAGAAAAAGUUGGCAGAAGGAGAUAUAUCGUCACCUGAAGCCAGCCCCCAAACUGCAAAGCCCACAGCUAUACCAUCAACACAAGAAAGUAAUGCUAAGCUAAAAGAAGAACAUUACUAUCAAAUACUGUGUUUUAAAUUCCAGAAGAUGCCUCUGACAGAGUACCUAAAACGAAUUAGACUUCCAAGAAGCAUAGAUUCAUACACAGAUCGACACUAUCUCCUGUGGCUUCUGCUCGUCACCAUUGCUUAUAACUGGAACUGCUGGCUUAUACCACUGCGCAUCGUCUUUCCAUAUCAAACACCAGACAACACACACUAUUGGUUUAUUACAGACAUCAUAUGUGAUAUCAUCUACCUUUGCGAUAUGCUAUUAAUCCAGCCCAGACUCCAGUUUAUAAAAGGAGGAGACAUAAUAGUGGAUUCAAAUGAGUUAAAGAGACACUACAGGAGUUCUACAAAGUUUCAGCUGGAUGUUGUAUCAGUAAUGCCAUUUGAUGUUUUCUACCUGUUCUUCGGGUUUAAUCCAAUAUUUAGGACAAAUAGGAUAUUAAAGUACACUUCAUUUUUUGAGUUUAAUCAUCACCUAGAGUCUAUAAUGGACAAAGCAUAUAUCUACAGAGUCAUUCGAACAACUGGAUACUUGCUGUUUACUCUGCACAUUAAUGCCUGUAUUUAUUACUGGGCUUCUGACUAUGAAGGAAUUGGAACUACUAAUUGGGUGUAUAAUGGCGAAGGAAAUAAGUAUCUGAGGUGUUAUUACUGGGCUGUUCGAACUUUAAUUACCAUCGGGGGCCUUCCAGAACCACAAACAUCAUUUGAAAUAGCUUUUCAACUGUUGAAUUUUUUUUCUGGAGUUUUUGUGUUCUCCAGCUUAAUUGGUCAGAUGCAAGAUGUAAUUGGGGCAGCUACAGCCAAUCAGAACUACUUCCGAAUCAGCAUGGAUCAGACUAUUUCCUACAUGAACACUUAUUCCAUUCCUAAGACUGUGCAGAAUCGAGUUCGGACUUGGUACGAAUAUACAUGGGACUCUCAAAGAAUGCUAGAUGAGUCUGAUCUGCUCUGCACCCUGCCCCUCACCAUGCAGUUAGCCCUCACCGUGGAUGUGAACCUCAGCAUCAUCAGCAAAGUCGAGUUGUUCAAGGGCUGUGAUACACAGAUGAUUUAUGACAUGUUGCUAAGAUUGAAAUCCAUUGUUUACUUACCUGGUGACUUUGUCUGCAAAAAGGGAGAAAUUGGCAAGGAAAUGUAUAUCAUCAAGCAAGGUGAAGUCCAAGUUCUUGGAGGCUCUGAUGGUACUCAGGUUCUGGUUACUUUGAAAGCUGGAGCGGUGUUUGGAGAAAUCAGCCUCCUAGCGGCAAGAGGAGGAAAUCGUCGAACUGCCAAUGUGAUAGCCCAUGGGUUCGCCAAUCUUUUAACUCUAGACAAAAAGACCCUCCAACAAAUUCUAGUGCAUUAUCCAGAUUCUGAAAAGCUCCUCAUGAAGAAGGCCAGUGUGCUUCUAAAGAAGAAGGCUCCAGGCACAGAGGCAACUCCUCCAAGAAAAGGACUUGCCUUUCUCUUCCCACCAAAACAAGAGACACCUAAAAUGUUUAAAGCUCUCCUGGGAGGUACAGGAAAAGCAGGACUUGCAAGACUACUCAAAUUGAAGAGAGAACAAACCAUUCAGAAAACAAGUGAAAAUUCUGAAGAAGGAGAGGGUAAAGGAGCAGAAUAUGAAAAUAAAGGAAGAGAGCCAUCAGAGAAAACACAGGACAGCUCCGAAUGUAGAGCAAAUUCUGUUACAGCAGAAGAACCCCAGCCGAUUACAAGCGGAGCUUUACCCGGAGGAACUACUCAUCAAUCCCUCAUCAUCAGCAUGGCUCCUUCUGCAGAGGCUGGGGAAGAGGUUCUGACGAUUGAAGUCAAAGAAAAGGCUAAGCAAUAA